AUGGCUGAUGGCAACUAUAGACCCGAGAAUGGUGAGCGGCCGAAACCACUUAUUAAAGUUCUACUAAAGACAAUGUUAACCGUUGCUACACAAUAUCAGACCGGAGCCAUAUCUAAUGCUUUCAACUCCGACUUUCUCAAUUUACUUCUUCACGGAUUCGCUAUUGAUCCUGACCCCGCAAUUCGAAUUAUUGUUCAGAAGAUCCUACACACUCUUAUCGAUAGACAUGGUAACACAGAACGCCUCCUUACUGUACAGUGA